ACACAAUAAUCUAAACCACUCUUUUAUGCCAUGCUCAAAACAGAGCCAAGCAAAACUGCAUCCUCAAGGACCUCAACGCUUACAACUUCAAAUUUCUCACAAAGAAAAAGUGCAAAAAUCAAACAUGGCUUCAGUUUCUGUUCCGCCAGCCGAGAUAUUACUGUCGAAGAGAGUUCAAGAAAUGGUCCUAACAGGCGAGGAGCCUUUGGGACCGUAUUUAUGCAGAGACGAAGACGAAGGUAUUAAUGAAGGCGAGAAAGACGAUCACCCGAUUCCUACAGUCGAUAUCGGUUGCUUUGAGCCCGGAAAAUGGUCCACUGAAGAAAGCAGACGAGAACUCGAGAAACUCAAGUCUGCACUCUCUACAUGGGGAUGUUUUCAGGCCAUAGGUCAUGGGAUCCCAAGUCCUUUCUUGAAAAAGCUACGACGAGUCGGGAGGGAGUUUUUUCAGCAGCCAAUGGAUGAGAAGAACAAAUACGCAAAGACAGUGACCGAGUUUCAAGGCUAUGGGGCCGAUCCAGUUCCGGAACAAGGACAGUCGCUCGACUGGUCGGACCGUAUUUUUAUCGAUUUAGUCCCUGAAGACCAACGAAACUACAAAUUCUGGCCUCAAAACCCAGCAUCUUUCAAAAAAACUCUGGAAGAAUAUGCAGAAGAAAUGAAAAGGGUGACAUAUACUAUCUCCAAAUCCAUGGCGAGAUCACUUAAUCUCGACGAGAGCUGUUUCCUUACACAGUUUGGGGAUCGAGCACAGUAUCAGGCAAGGUUCAACUAUUACUCACCCUGCACGAGGCCUGACCACGUGCUGGGCCUCAAAGCCCAUGCAGAUGGGUCGGGUUACACCGUAAUAGUUCAGGAUGAACCCGGUUUGCAAAUCCUCAGCGAUGGAAAAUGGUGCACGGUCCCUCAAAAUACCAAUAAUGCCCUUAUAGUACUCAUGGGAGACCAAAUGGAGAUUAUGAGCAAUGGGGUUUUCAAGAGUCCGGUGCAUAGAGUGGUGAGCGACUCGGAAAAGGAUCGGAUGUCGGUGGCAGUUUUUUACACUCCGGAAGUCGGGAGAGAGAUUGGGCCGGAAGAGGGAUUGGUUAGUGAAGAGGGUCGGAGGGUGUUCGGGAGGGUGAGAGAUUAUGCGGAUGUUCAUUGGGGAUAUUAUCAGAAGGGGAUGAGGGCACUUCAUACAGUGUCUUUGUGAGAUGUUGUGUUGAUUCUCUUGUGCUCAAUUGCUGUUUGUACUUUGUAGUGACUUGGGAAUAAGCUGCUUUGUUCUGUUUCCUUUGUGUAAUGGUGUUGUGGACAUUAUGUAAUUAAUUGCAUUGAAGCAUGGUUUUCUUUCAACUUUAUAGUAUGGAUCUUUUGUUUGAAAAACAUGAUCAUCUCCUAGUAGAUCUAUUGUUUAAAUGAAGUUUCAUUUUAUACUUA